CAGGGAAACUCACUCUCAGCAGCGGGGAUACAUUAGUGAAGCUGCUACCGAGGAAACGCGUCUAAGCCAACCACUUGUGUUUGUGUCUGAGGAACAUUUACGCAACGGAAAGGUUCCGUGUUUGACGCGAGAAAAAGAAGAAGAAGAAGAAGGAGAAAAAGGAGACACGCGAAGCUGCGGACGUCGUUGUUGUUGAAAGCGACUUGUUUUCGGAGUUUUGUGUGAUUUCUUUCCACUUCCCGCGCCACACAGGUUUAUAUGAGGCCAACGCUGGACUGUUAGGAGUAGUUUUUUGAGUCGCCAGCAGAAGGACUCUCUCCGCCAGGUGCAAAACCCCCUCUGGUGAUUUGGACUAAGUGUGUGCGCACGAAGCAGGAGUCGUUACUGGAGGCUGCUGAUGCACACAUGAGUGAGCAGGUGAAUACGUGAGUGUGUGUGGUUUCACCGAGCAAAUCUUUGCACUUCAAUGACUGCUUUGUAGGAUCGCGCCCGAACACUGUAAGAGCACCGACAUCAUCACCUUCCGCUGUGCAGAGAGAGAGAGAGACUAUGUUGCUGAAGGAGUACCGGAUCUGCAUGCCUCUCACUGUGGAGGAGUACCAGAUCGGCCAGCUGUACAUGAUCAGCAAACACAGUCAUGAGCAGAGUGAACGUGGGGAGGGGGUGGAGGUGGUCCUGAACGAGCCGUUCGAGGACCCCGAGCACGGAUCCGGCCAGCUCACCGAGAAACGAAUCUACCUCAACAACAAGCUGCCCAGCUGGGCCAGAGCCGUCGUCCCUAAAAUCUUCUACGUCACAGAGAAGGCGUGGAACUAUUACCCUUACACCAUAACAGAGUACACGUGCUCCUUCCUGCCCAAGUUUUCCAUCCACAUAGAAACCAAAUACGAGGACAACAAAGGGAGCAAUGAUAAUAUUUUUAGCGGCGAGCCCAGAGAAGAGGAGACGGAGGUGUGUUUUGUUGACAUCGGCUAUGAUGAGAUCCCAGAGCGCCACUACAAGGAAUCAGAGGACCUGCGCUAUUUUAAAUCCAAGAAGACUAACCGAGGCCUCCUGCAGGAAGGAUGGAUCAACACACAAGACCCCAUCAUGUGCUCCUACAAACUGGUUACAGUGAAGUUUGAGGUCUGGGGCCUGCAAACGCGUGUGGAGCAGUUUGUGCACAAGGUGAUUCGAGAUGUGCUGCUGUUAGGACACAGACAGGCGUUUGCCUGGGUGGAUGAGUGGAUCGAUAUGACUAUGGAGGAAGUAAGAGAGUAUGAACGUGCCACACAGGAAGCUACAAACCUGAAGAUCGGCUCAUUCCCUCCUGCCAUCGCCAUCUCUGAGACGCCGCUUCCAUCCAGCGCCCGCAGCGGCCCCAACAGCGCCCCGUCCACCCCCCUCUCCACCGAACCCCCCGAGUUCCUGUCGGUGCCAAAGGAGCGUCCCAGAAAGAAGUCCGCUCCAGAGACCUUGACCCUGCCGGACCCAGGUCGCAGGGAUUCACUCUUCAAGCUGCCCAGCUUUUUCUCAUGGAACUCCAGCCCGCAGCCAGAAUGAGACCAGCAGGCCGAGACGCCUGGUGAACUAACGCUCUCAAACUGCGGAUCAGUGGGGAGGAUGCCUGCUGAGCACGUCCCACAAUGCCCCCUCAGCCAGCUGAAGUGAAGGAGACUCGUCAGUGUCCUGGUGAUUCCAGCCCCCUCAGCAGACUCGCCGGUGUUACAGCAAAGCCAGAAGCUCUUAGGCUAACUUUACAGAUAGAGACAGGCAAAAAAAAAAAAAAAAAAAAAAAAAUGUCCUGUGAGGUCUUAUGGUAUAGUGUGUCCCAUUGAGAGUCUAACAGAAGCAGCUGGAGGUCACUCAUUCAUCUCCUCUCCUCAGAAAACAACCAGUCAGACUGAGUGUAGUGUACAUUCCUGAAAAUGUUUUAAUCCCACAGAACAUCAUUUGUUUUUUUUUUUUAUUUCCAUCCAAGCUUUACAAUGUGUUGAUAUUCAGUCACUGUACAUAAACUGUACAUUUUUUUUUUCCCACUUUAUAUUUAAGCAUUGGAGUCUUGGACUCCGUUUCCUGGAAUAUGUGGUUUGUCUGUUCACGUGGUGGCGACUCUUUGGCCACUGUAUCAGUUGAGUUGUGCUGAAUUUCACGGUGUGAGGUGAUUGUGUAUAUAAUGCAUUAUGAACAAUGAAUAAAGAGUAAAAUGUCCGUUCUUCAAAUCCAGUGAUGCUGCUGCUAUGAAAUGGCUUGUGUAUUUUAUGGGAUGGGGCUAUCUUCACGUGUUUAUUUAUUUAUUACACUGAGUUCUGUCAAUCGAGACGUCUGUGAAUUGCUGGUGAAAUUGCAUGAUUUUUGACCGCAGAAGCUACUUUAAAAAUAUCUGGAUGUUUUCUUUGUAAUCGCUGCCUCAUGAUUGAUGUUGUGUUUUAAAAUGAGGUUUGACGGGUUGGUUAUGUGGUUUGUACUGGUUUGUUUUGCUGCUUUACCAUUUUAGGUGUAUUCAUUUUAGUCGCACUCUUCAACAUUUUUGUAUUCAGUAAAUUGAAUUUAAUUAAAUAGUGUUGUAUCCAU